UUCAACGUAGUGUUUAAAUUCUCUUUGAAAGUUGCACUUGCUCUUUGAUAUUAAUUUUUAUAUUUUUGGAUUUUAUAGUUUUUUUUUAUUUGUUUUAGUUUUUUUAGAGGCAUGAAAGGUUUUUAAUACAAGCAUAGGUACUGCCCGUAGCCCGAUUUUAUAAUAAAAUAUUACAAGCAUCAUGUACAUCUUAUAAUAUAACACUUUAAAGAUAUUUUAUUGUUUAUGACAUAAAUUUAAGUUGUGGCGGAUAAAUGGUGAAUAAAUUAAUAUAAAUAUAUUUUUAAUUAUGACUGCCAAAACAUUGAAGUCUAACAAACUAAUUAGCAAAACAAAGCUGAAAAGAACUAUUAAGAAUGUAGUGUGUCGACCUGAUCCAAUCUUAUGGUAGGUUAGAGUUAGAACAUAAAAUAUAUACAAGAGACCGGCAAAAGGCCUGGCAUCAAAUAGAAUAUUCAAAAAACAGAAUCUUGUUAAGAUUAGAGAUAAAUAGCAAAUCAAAUAUUUUCCAAAAAACUAAAGGUAGUUUAGGUUAAGGCCUAAAGUAUCUGAAGUGGAAAGAGAUGUUAUAGAUACACUACUCCAAAAAUAUCGUAUAGAAAUACCAGAAUAUAAAAAAACUCAUUGGAAUGAAAUAAAACUCAUUCCAAAAGUAAAUAGGCCUAAGCAGCCUCCACUCCCGAAAGUCAAAGGACUCUUGUUUGGUAUAUCUGAAUGCCGAAAUGCCAUGGCAAAUGGGACCUGCAGUGCACUUCUGCUUGAAAUUGAUAUAAAUCCUAAAUUAUUAGGUGAGUCAGUCAUUGAGGCAUGUAAUACUUUUCAAGUACCCCAUAUUUGUUUCAAAGGACUAAGAGAUAUCUGCAAAAAUUAUUUUGGAAUUCCAACAAGCAGUCUUGGUAUUGUGAAGAAUAAUUUUGAGGACCUACAAAAUGUUAUCACAGUAUACCACAAACAGAAGUAUCCAGAAAAAACUCAAACUAAUGUUGUUGAAGUAAUUGAAGAAACUCAUAAACCCAGUGAAGUCUUAAUUGAGGCUAUGAAUGUUCAGCCAUAUCCUUACUUAUAUAGAAAAAAUAAAAACACUAGAAUAUUUACUCCAGCAAAAGAAAAAUCAAACCAAAAAAGAAAUAAAUUUGAAGGUCAAAAUUACAUUAAUGUUCCUAUUGCAAGUACAAAAUCAGACCGAAAAUUAUAUAUGAACAUGAUUCUUAAGAAAAUGCAAAAUAACCCAGAUAGGCAAAAACAGUUGAAUAAAAGGAAAAUAAAGAAAUAAAAA